AUGGGAAACCUGAGAAUCACAGACAAGGGCCUGAAGCUAGAAGGAGACUCAGAAUUCUUGCAACCUCUCUACGCCAAAGAAAUCCAGUCCCGGCCGGGGAACGCCCUGUACUUCAAGUCAGCCAGGAACGUGACAGUGAACAUUCUCAACGAGCAGACGAAAGUGCUGACUCGGCUGAUAACAGGUCCAAAGGCCGUGGAAGCUUAUGGCCAAAAGUUUGAAGUCAAGACAGUUUCUGGAAAACUGCUCUUCUCUGCCGACAACAACGAAGUGGUAGUCGGAGCUGAGAGAUUACGAGUUCUAGGAGCGGAGGGCACAGUGUUCCCUAAAUCUAUAGAGACACCGAAUGUCAGGGCAGACCCCUUCAAGGAACUAAGGUUGGAGUCCCCAACCCGGUCUCUGGUGAUGGAGGCCCCAAAAGGAGUAGAGAUAAAUGCAGAAGCCGGCAAUAUGGAAGCCACCUGCAGAACAGAGCUGAGACUGGAGUCCAAAGAUGGAGAGAUUAAGUUAGAUGCUGCGAAAAUCAAGCUCCCUAGGCUGCCCCACGGAUCCUACACGCCCACGGGAACGAGGCAGAAGGUCUUCGAGAUCUGCGUCUGCGCCAACGGGAGACUGUUCCUGUCCCAGGCGGGCACCGGCUCCACUUGCCAGAUAAACACAAGUGUCUGCCUCUGAGAGACUCUCCUCGGUGGACGCCUCUGCGGCAGAAGGCCUUUUUCUGGCUUUAGAUACUGGCUGCCAGCUAUUUUUACUAGAACACAGAAAGCCUAUCAAAGACCUUGUGUGCGUGUGCGUGUGUGUGUGUGCGUGCGUGUGUGUACGCGUGAGUGUGUCCGCGUGCGGGUGGGUAUAAAUAUAUAUAAAUAUAUAUAAAUAAAUAUAUAUAUCCUCUGUAU